AUGAACGAAUCACCUAACAAAUUUGAAAAUUCCCGCAUCGACACAAAUCAUUUUUCUAUUACGCGUCAAAAGCCUGCGACAAUAAAAAGCUCAAAGGACCAUAUUUAUAUAUCAAGAAAAACGAACAUCGAGCAACAAGUUAAAGAAGCUGAAUCACUGUUAAACAACUCUUUCAGUAGUAUUUAUGUUCAUGGAAUGGGUGCAUCCAUCAACAAGGCGUUGGUUUUUGCGAUGGAAGUCGAACGAAACCUCCACGGAAGUGUGAAAUCAGAUAUUUUGACCUCGACUGUGCAGGUUUCCGACGUUAUUUUUUCGUACAGCGACGAAUUCGAAAGUGGCAUUCGGAAUCGCCCAUUAUCAGCUGUUCAUAUCCAUAUUUAUCGUUGUGAUUCUUAA